GGUCGCGAGGCCCAGGAGAGCGUUUCUAUUGGUUGGGCAUGUUUGGCGCCAAAGAGCGAAGCCGAGGCGGAGGCGAGCGUCCGCAGCUGCGGGACUGGAAACCAUAGGACCCCCAGAGCGGUGUGCGUGACCCCGGCGACCGUUUGGCGUGAGAGCCAGCCGUUGGCGAGGGCUCGCGGCGCGUAGGAUAUGUUCUGCGAAAAGGCCAUGGAGCUGGUUCGCGAGCUGCAUCGCGCGCCAGAAGGGGAGCUGCCAGCCUUCAGUGAGGAUGGACUCAGGCAAGUUUUGGAGGAGAUGAAAGCUUUAUAUGAACAAAACCAGUCUGAUGUAAAUGAAGUGAAGUCAGGUGGACGAAGUGACUUGAUACCAACCAUCAAGUUUCGACACUGUUCUUUGUUACGAAAUCGACGCUGUGCUGUAGCGUACCUGUAUGACCGAUUGCUUCGGAUCAGAGCACUCAGGUGGGAGUAUGGUAGCGUCCUGCCCAAUGCCUUACGAUUUCACAUGUCUGCUGAAGAAAAGAUUGGAAGAAUCCCUUCAACACAGAAACUGGAAACUCACUAUGUUCUAUUCUCAGAUACUGCUAUUUCACGGAAGAAUCUGUAUGAGGUGCGGUGUCUAAAAGACUACGGAGAAUUUGAAGUUGAUGAUGGUACUUCAGUCCUAUUAAAAAAAAAUAGCCAGCACUUCUUACCCCGGUGGAAGUGUGAGCAGCUGGUUAGACAGGGCGUUCUGGAGCAUGUGCUGUCCUGAUCUUGUGCUGAGGCACCUCCAGGCUUCCCUGUGGUGCAAGGGGGAACCACACCACAGACAGUGCUACACGUCCCUCUCCAGCCUCACCUCUUUGGUUUUGAAGGUUACAGACGUUCUUUAAAAUAAGCAGGAGUAUCUAGCUAAAGAGUGGGUGUGUUUUUCUUUUGUACAGGAUUCAUCCUCUGCUUUGUAAUAAACUGUAAGCUGGAUCUAUAAUUACAACAUUCCUACAGUUACUACAAUGUGGUUUUUGACUGUUUUUUUUUUUUUUUUUUAAUGAAAGUAAACAUUUGUUCACAUUUGAUUUUCUGUUUUCUUCCCGGUAAUGACUUUAUUUUUUCAGUGAACAUUUCCAGCCCACGGUAUAGCAUACUAUCUUAAAGUACAAAUCCAAGGAAGGUAAUACCUUUCCUAAGUGAGAAAACUUUGGCAAAUUAAUACAGUACUCUUUAAUAUAAUAAAAUCCUUUUUUUGUUGUUGGGGGUCAUGUGUUACUUCAGUGAUAAUUUUCACUCCAAAAAUGUCAUUUAAGUACCAAAAUAAAACACUGUGGUUUGUAAUGGUGCUUUAUGGCAGAGCAAGUUAUUUUAUACAAAUUAAUAUGUCUUUUAAAACUAUGUA